AAGUUAUAAAAUAAACACAACUAAAUUAUCUCUCUUUCUUCUUUUUCGGUUUUCUAAGCCUUACCCUCCCUUCUGGAUUUCAUCUACUGUUCUUCUCUCUCCCAAAUCUUUCUCUCUCUAGACGGCCGGAAAACUGUUCGGUUUUCGCCGAUAAAGACGGUAUUGACUUCCGGAGUUCGUUGUGGAGGAGCUAUUUUGAAUAAGUGCGAUUUCAUAAACGGACACGGACUAUUGGUGUUGUCAUUGUGCGGUUUUCCGAGAUUACAGAGUUUAACCGGUUGAAUCUUCCGAUCUCUUCGUCCGGUGGUUUCUGUAAGGGAAUGUGCCGGACAUAAUGACUGAGAUCGUGAUCUAGGGUUGGGAUUUGUUAUCGUUGCGUUUGUUUCUUCAAUUUCGUUUGUAUGGUUUUGGUGAAGUAAGAAAAGACGGAGGGUUCCGGCGACAAACUUUGGAAUGAGAUGGGGGAAGGAAGGAUUUGUUUCUCCAGAGAGGAAAAGCUAGAAUUUUUGAAGCAUAAGAGGCUUCAGCGGAUGAAAGCUGGCACAUUAAAUGACACUACAUGUGUGACUAGCCUGAUGACUAGAAGCAGUGGAGAUGCUUUAAGAGAUUCCGCGUCCUGCGGUGUGAGAUCAUUCGGCAAUCCAAAUAUACAUGCACGAUCUGGUGGUGUUGUGAAUGGGAGAGAUACCAUGUCAAAGCAAAAGGUUGAGAAGUUUGACACUACCGAUCUCGAUUGGACAGAUAGGAUGCCAGAGUGCCCAGUAUAUUUUCCAAGUAAGGAAGAUUUUGAGGAUCCUUUGGCAUAUCUUCAGAAAAUAGCCCCAGAAGCGUCAAGAUAUGGUAUAUGCAAAAUUGUUUCGCCUUUGAGUGCCUCUGUUCCUGCUGGCAUGGUUUUGAUGAAAGAGAAAGCUGGUUUCAGGUUUACUACAAGAGUGCAGCCUCUUCGUCUUGCUGAGUGGAACACUGAUGAUAAGGUCACCUUUUUCAUGAGUGGAAGAAACUAUACUUUUCGUGAUUUUGAGAAAAUGGCAAACAAGGUUUUUGCUCGUAGAUAUUAUAGUGCUGGAUGUCUUCCGGCUACAUACAUGGAAAAAGAAUUUUGGCAUGAAAUAGCUUGUGGAAAGACCGAAAGCGUUGAGUAUGCAUGUGAUGUUGACGGCAGUGCAUUUUCAUCUUCUCCGAACGAUCAACUUGGAAAUAGCAAAUGGAAUUUGAAGAAAGUUGCGCGAUUGUCCAGAUCGAUCUUGCGUCUGCUAGAAACAACAAUUCCGGGGGUUACUGAACCAAUGCUUUACAUAGGGAUGCUAUUCAGUAUGUUCGCUUGGCAUGUAGAAGAUCAUUACUUAUACAGCAUUAAUUACCAUCAUUGUGGAGCUGCAAAAACCUGGUAUGGUGUUCCUGGUCAUGCUGCACUAGAUUUUGAAAAGGUUGUGCGGCAAAAGGUGUACACUCAUGAUAUUCUAUCAACUGAAGGGGAAGAUGGUGCUUUCGAUGUUCUCUUAGGGAAGACAACCUUGUUUCCUCCUAAUAUUUUGUCACAACAUGGUGUUCCAGUUUAUAAAGCUGUGCAAAAGCCUGGGGAAUAUGUAGUGACCUUCCCCCGAGCAUAUCAUGCAGGAUUUAGUCAUGGUUUUAAUUGUGGUGAGGCUGUAAAUUUUGCCAUCGGUGAUUGGUUCCUGAUGGGAUCAAUAGCCAGUCGUCGUUAUGCACUUCUUAAUCGGACACCUCUCCUUCCUCAUGAGGAACUUCUGUGCAAAGAAGCAAUGCUGCUUUCAUCAGCUACGGACUAUGAAGAUUUGAACUAUUCUUCUACAGAUUUAGCUUCUCAAAUUAGCAUUAAAGCCUCGUUUGUUAAUUUGAUACGCUUCCAACAUCGUGCUCGUUGGUGCCUAAUGAGAUCAAGAGGGUGCAUGGGUGUUUCUCAACAUUCUCAUGGAACCAUUCUUUGCAGUGUUUGCAAACGUGACUGUUAUGUAGCAUAUAUCAACUGCAACUGCUAUUUACAUCCCGUGUGUCUUUGCCAUGAGUUUAAGCCACUUGACUUGCCUUGUGGAAACAACUUUACACUCUCUGUAAGGGAGGAACUCUUGGAUAUGGAGGUGGUUUCGAGGAUGUUUGAGGAGGAUAACGAUAUUGUACAUGAGGUUCAACAACAAAUUAGUAAUGGAACCAACAUGAUUCUGUUAUCUAAAUUGUAUCCACUAACUGAAGAAGACGAAUACGAUCCAUAUUGCAAGAUUGAUUUUGAUCCAAACUGCAAUUUGAAGCAGUCUGUUCCUGAGAUCAUGGAUACUGCUGAAACUUGUUUCUUACUUGACCAUUUACAGGGCGAUACUGGUUCUAGUACAAGGAAUCUCGUGCCUACUAAUUCUUCCAAAGACAUGGCUACGGAAAUGCAUGAAGCUUCACCAAUCAUUGAUGAAUCUCCUCGAUCCAAUAUCCAUGUGGAUGUCAAAAGGACAUGUCAUUAUAGUGAUGACUCUGACUCGGAGAUAUUUAGGUUCAAACGCCGUUCAUCCUUAAAGUCAAAACACAGAAAUGCAACCAAUUCCGUCCCUUCUAAAUUGGAACAUCAGGGGCUUAAGCGGUUAAAGAAAGUACAGACUGAAAGAUAUGGGCAUAGUUCAGCACCUGGGUAUUUGAUAACUGGCAAAGACUGUGUGUCAAAAGAAAGAUUUGGCAAAGGAACCAUGACUUCCAUCUCCGUCAAUUACAAGAAAUUGGGAAACAAAGAAGCUGUGAGUAAGCAUGGGGAACAUCAAAGAGAUCACGGGUUUUACAAACAGGGAAAGGGCACAAGGGAACGGGAACGACCGCCUCUAGAAACUUGCCCAAAGCGACUUAAAGUAAAAGGCCCGUCAAUUACAGGAUUAGAGCACAGGUUCCUUUGAAUACAAACAAACUUCAUAGAGCUUUGAUUUUGCUAACUUGGAUUCAAUUGGGGUUUCUAAGAUCUAACAACACAGAGAAAAACUACAUCAGCCAUUUUUAGUCGUGGAGCAGCAAAUUAACCUACAUUCGUAGAUGAAACAGAAACAUAUUCUUUGUGCAGGCCUCUAAUUGGGGCAAUUGGCACUGCGGUGAUCAAUUCUCAGGCCGAGUUUGUAUUAAGGACUUGGGCAGGAGAUCCUUUUCACUGGUUCUUUUUAGGUAAGUAGGUUGCCAAGGAUUCGAUUAGCGGUUUCUUUUGAUGUACAUUUUGUUGGGAGGUAAAAUGGGUACCGUGUACCAUCGAACCCUCUUUGUCAUUUAAUUUCAGAAAUCUGCUGCUUCCCUUACUGUAGGGGGUUCUUUAUUCUUUAUGUAGCAAUGGACUACAUCAAUAACAAUCAAGAUACAGUUUUAGUUUUAUCACC